CAGGGAAAGGGAGGGCCAGUGCUGCCGAGUAGGGGUGGAGCGGACUCUCAUCAACUCACUGACAGCCCCCGAGAAGAAUCCUGAGCAUCUUCACCUGAGCCACACUCUCCCAGGCCGGCCGUGUGGACGACGGCCCACAGCCUCUGGUAGCCUCAGCUCAGGGGUUCCCCUGGGACCCCCUGUGCCGUGACAAGCUCAGGAGCAAAGGGGUCCCUGGGCUCUUCUGGAUGGGAGUCACUGACCUGCCUUGUCUGCUGUGUCCAGGCUUUUACGAGAUGAGCGACGGUGGAUCCUGCUCCCUGUCCACGUCCUGUGCCUCUGUCUGCAGUGACCACAUCUCCCCCUCGCUGGGCAGCUUGUUGCCUAUGGCCCAGGCCCCCAAGGCCAGGCCCAGCAUGGGGGACUGGAGGCCCCGGUCGGUUGAUGAGACUACUGUGCCAGCGUGGAGACCCCAGGCUACCGAGGAGGGCACCAGGCCCCGGGGCAGCAUGGAGAAUGCAGGCCAGCCGUGGGGCACAUUCUGGCCCAGGCCGGUGUCUACAGGUGAUCUUGACAGAGCCCUGCUGGCAGACACGGGGCCCCAGAGAGCCAGCGCCGAUGCUGAGCUCCUCGGGCUCCUCUGCCAGGGGGUGGACAUCCCGCUGCACAUGCCAGACCCCAAGUAUCGGCAAGACCUGGUGUCCCAGGGCGGCAGGGAGAUGUACCCGUACCCCAGCCCCCUGCACGCUGUGGCUCUGCAGAGCCCCCUGUUUGCUCUGGCUAAGGAAACCCCACAGAGCGGUGGUCCCUCGUUCCCCAGGGAGACCUCCCUAGGCCCCGCAGGUCUGAACACCAUCCAGACUGGGCCGGUCCUCGAGGCUGGUCCGGCCAGAGCCAGAGCCUAUAUCGACAGGCUGCUGCGUCUGUGGGGCCGGGAGACCCCAGCAAAGGGUAGCGGGGGAGAACAGGGACCUCUAAGGCAUGCAGCAUCCCCAUCCCCACAGAGGCAAGGUGGCUGGAGUACAGAUGGUGGAGGGCGACUAUUGGUCUUCGCCCCAGGGAGGGAGGAUGAAGGAGGGCCAGCUCAGAGCAGAGGUGCCGGCAGGGGCCCCCAGCAGCAGGGAUCCAUGCCUCUUGAGGGUCCCCAGCACCCUGGCAACCUUCCAGAGGAGGGCUCCAAGCCCUCGAACAGCUGUGUCCUCAGGGAGACCAUGGCGUGGCCCUCUCCCAGCUUGAAGGCCCAGCAGACACCCCCAGCUCAGGACUGUGGACGAGGCAACGUCAUAUCCCCAUCCAGGAUGCUGGACAACAGCCCCUCACCGGCCUCUGGGCACUUUGCCCACCCGUCCUUUGCUUCCAGUCUGAAAAUGGGUCCCCCCAAGAGCAAGGCCGAAAAAAUCAAGAGAAGGCCCACAGACAAGGUGCUGAGGUUUGCAAGGCAGCCGCCGCUUCUACUGGAGAGGCCUGAGGGAGCCCAUGCAGCCCCCCAGCCAUCCCUGGAGUGGGACCCGGCCCACUGGUCCCCAGGGAGGGGUGGGCUCCCGCGGAGGCCGGCCCUGGCCUGGGAAGCACCCGGGCGCUCCUGUUCCGAGUCUACCCUCUACCCCAUGCCUGUCCUCGUCCCCGUGGCGGUGGCCCCGCAGGAGGGCCACCGGACCUCAGCCCAAGCCCUGUUCCCCUUUGAGGCAGCACUGCUCACCUCGGUGGCCAGGAGGAAGCAUCGCCGCUGGCAGUCCACCAUGGAGAUCUCAGCCCGGGCCCGCCUGGCCAGCUGUCCCGAGUCUAACCUGGGGCCCCCCAGGCCCGUGGCCAGAAGAGCAGGUGGCCCACAGGCCCGGGGCCGGGACUUUCUUACCUUCUUGAAAAGUCAAAAGGUUUGUGCUCUGCAGGCACCAGGAACCCAGAGGCGGCCGAGUAAAAGGACGCCACCGCACCCAGUCACAAGAUGCGCAAAGCAUUACCACAGGAGGUCCCGGCUGAGACAGCAGGACAUCGGCCUGAAGACCCACCUGGACCAGCUGGACCUGCAGAUCAGCAAGCUGCAGCUGGAUGUGGGCACAGCCUCCGGGGAGGCCCUGGACAGCGACAGCAGGCCCAGCUCAGGUACCAGGGGAGGCGGCCGCUUCAUCAGGCUGAUCUGA